AUCAUGUCUCACUCAGGUGCUCAAGGAAGCAUUGGCAGCCACUCUGCCAUUGGGCUGCGCAAUAGCAAGAUUUACCUCUAUGAAUACGAGAACUUCCAGGGACGUAGGAUGGACCUGUUCGGAGAGAGCCGUAACCUGGCUGAGAAGGGAUUCGAGAGAAUCGGCUCCAUCAGGGUGGAGUGUGGACCCUGGGUGGGUUAUGAGCAGCAGAACAUGACCGGUGAGAUGUUCAUCCUGGAGAAGGGAGAGUACCCCCGCUGGGACACCUGGUCCAACAGCUACAGGUGUGACCGCUUCAUGUCAGUCAGGCCCCUCAGGAUGGAUCCCCAGGAUCACAAGAUUUGCCUGUUUGAGUGUCCAAACUUCGAGGGUCGUAAGAUGGAGGUGUGCGACGAGGACAUCCCCAGCCUGUGGUCUUACGGCUUCCAGGACCGCGUUGCCAGCAUUCAGGUCACCGGUGGAACCUGGGUGGGCUACCAGUAUCCUGGCUACCGUGGCUACCAGUACGUGUUUGAGCUUGGCCCUUUCAAGCACUGGAACGAGUGGGGAGCCCACCAUCCCCAGAUCCAGUCCAUCCGUAGGGUGAGAGACAUGCAGACGCAUCGCAGGGGCUGCUUCGAGAUGACCGCAUAG